AAUAUUAGAAACAACUUCACGUUACUCUGUUGCAAAAAAUAUAUUGUAUGUGUUUGAUACUGGGUCGUAGUUAUGCGAGUUACUGUAUGUUAGCUAGUUGACUUGCUAGCUUUGGUGACAGUCGUGGCUAGCUAGCUUGCUAACAACUUGGUUACAACGAGUUUACAAGGAAUAUACUGUACAUCACAUGGCCAAAAGUAUGUGGACACCUACUCGUUGAACAUCUCAUACCAAAAUCAUAGCCCAUUAGCAUUAAUAUGGAGUUGGUUCCCCCUUUGCUGCCGUAGUAGCCUACACUCUUCUGGGAAGGCUUUCCACUAGAGCAUUAGUGAGGUCCGGCACUGAUGUUGGGUGAUUAGGCCUGGCUCGUAGUUGUUGUUCCAAUUCUUCCCAAACGUGGUCGAUGGGGUUUAGAUCAGGGCUUUGUGCAGGCCAGUCAAGUUCUUCCACACCGAUCUCGACAAACCAUUUCUCUAUGGACCUUGCUUUGUGCACAGGGGGAGUUGUCAUGAUAAAAUAGGAAAGGGCCUUCCCCAAACUGUUGCCACAAAGUUGGAAGCACAGAAUCAUCUAGAAUAUCAAUGCAUGCUAUAGCGUUAAGAUUUGCCUUUACUGGAACUAAGCCCAAACCAUGCAAAACAGCCCCGGACCAUUAUUCCUCCUCCACCAAACGUUACAGUUGUAAGUAUGCAUUUGGGUAGGUAGCGUUCUCCUGGCAUCCGGCUAACCCAGAUUCGGCAGUCGGACUGCCAGAUGGUGAAGCGUGAUUCAUCACUCCAGAGAACACGUUUCCACUGCUCCAGUCCAAUGGCGGCUAUCUUUGCACCACUCCAGCUAAAGCUUGGCAUUGUGCAGGGGGAUCUUAGGCUUGUGCGCUGCUGCUGCUCGGCAAUGUAAACUAAUUUCAUGAAGCUCCCUACGAACAGUUAUUUUGCUGACGUUUCUUCCAGAGGCAGUUUGGAACUCGCUAGUCCGGUCUGCAUAAGUGCAGAUACUACUACAUGUGAAAGCAACACUACAAGAGGACGGAAAAUACUAGGAGUAACUGCACAGCACCUUUCCUGACACAUGCUCCAUAUGUUCCUACACUUUCUUUGCUUUGAAGAAAGGAAGAUAUUUGCCUUUCAGAGGUUCCCUCUUUUAUUUACACGUUUAUUUUUUGUCUUUCAACAAAGGAGUCCCAGGUGUGUUGUGACACACAGAACACUGAUUGUAAGAGAUUGCUGUUAUACUGUUUAAAAACUUUUGCACUCUCAUCCUUCAACCACACAACUACAGCUAAUUAUACCAGCAAAUAUAAUAGAACAGAUGAAGAAAGCAACCAAUCUAACCAGCCGUUGAGACACCAUUUGUCUUUAGCAUGCAUUGAAAAGCUGCAUUAUAAUGCGUUUUUCUGCAGUAUCAACAUUUCACUGACCGGAAUUGAAGAUGUCAGAAAUGUAACAGUGGAUUCUACUGCCUUUACUGUCAUGUGACUGUAAUACUAGACACCUUUUUUUUUUUUUUUUUUUCCCAGACAGCCUUUUCACCAGUUUAAUGAGGUGAGCUGUGGUUUUCAGUGACCUCCAUUGAAAUAAAAAGAGGUCUCUGAAUUCAUUUAUUUUCUGCAUGUGUUUGGGUAGAGCCUAAAAUGACUAAGAGCUGGCACUCGUAGUGGCAGGAGAAGAGCCAGAACCUCCUUCCAGCACACUUCUGAUGUCAUAGUGGAACUGUCCCGUUCACACUGACAGGGCUCGAUGCCCCAGAGCUUCCAAUCUCAGCAGACAACCUGCACCUGCCUCUCCCAUUGGGCAAUUCACUUGCCUGUCUACUGAGCCCGCCAAUCAGACCCUUCUGUUUCACAAACGGAUCAAGCAGGUUCCAUGUGUCUUGUCCCCUGACAAAAAAUCCUACCUGCUUCGGGUAGAGUGAUCAGGACGAAUUUGGGGGUAACAACGCGCCUCUGGAUCACCAUUCCAGAUAAUCCCAGAAUCCUGUGACCCGACUCCCAACUUUUCACCCUGGACGACGGGGUCUGCCUCUGGGGAAAGGGGCUGUUCUGUCCUGGAGGAGGAGGAGGGCUCGGCAGUGAGGUGCUGCUCUCCAUCACACACUCUGAGUCAAUCCCACAGAGGAGGCAGAGACUGAGAGGAAGAGGAGAGGACUUCAGAGCCAAAGACUCUGGGAUCCUUGCCAUGAGGUUUGAUGCCUCGAUCCACUGAUAGGAGACACUGGACCUAAAUGGCGCAGCAUGACUUUGUUCCUGCCUGGCUUAACUUCUCCACGCCCCAGCCUGCCAAGUCCCCUGCAGCCAGCCUAGAGAAGCAUGGCGACCCCCAUCACCACCGGAACAGCCGUGCUGCCGUGAGCCGCCGCCGACACAACUCCUCCGAUGGCUUCUUUAACAACGGGCCCCUGCAUGCCCCCGCAGGUGAUGGGUGGCAGCAGCCCUCUCUCCUCCUGAGACAUGACUCUGUGGACUCUGGGGUGGCGAAGGGGGGGCAUGGUGGUCUAGCGGGGGGGUCCUGCUGGAAGGAGGCUCAUCCCACCUGGCACGGGGCGCCACGGGCGGCACAGGACAGGCACCACCACCCGGGGCGCCAACCCAAACGCCAUGGGACGGGAGGAGGGGACAGGCAGGGGGGACACCGGCAGCGCAACGGCAACUUCCAUCCCCGCAAGAGCGCCCCUGGGACCCUCUACCAGGACAAGUUCCCCAAUGAUGAACACAGCAGGGAGGACAAUCUGAAGUUUGUGGAAGAGGACUUUCCCUCCCUUAACCCUGAAACAACUGGAAAGCCUGGGAACCAGAUGAGGCCAGUGGCUCCUCACGCUGGAGUGUGGGAGAACCCGCCUAGUGGCAAACAGAUGGUGUCUAAGAUGCUGGUGAUCAAGAAGGUUUCCAAGGAGGACCCAGGAUGCACUACGUUCUCUACUGGCUUCGCCAGCUCCGGAGCCCCGCCCAUCAAUGGCAGCAAAGCCCUGCCCACCAUUGCUAGCUCUACCCACUCAGUCUAUAAGAACCUGGUGUCCAAGUCUGCCAUGGUGCCCACCAAGCCCCCUCAGUGGAAGCCGAGUGGGAGAGACUCCACCAAGCCUGGCUUCCACCUGUCAGGACGAGACUCUGUCUUCACCAGCCCUGUGUCUGCAGCCAAACCCUCCGCCCCCGCCACCCAGCUACAUAGCCACAACACCCCCAAAGAGCGUCCUUUCAGUACGACUCCUCCCAUAGAUAUCGCCUCUUCGUCACGGCUGAAGCUGAUGCGGCGCGGACCAGACCGGAAGAGUGACUUCCUGCGGACGCUGAAGGACGAGGUCACCGGUGACCUGACCUCCAGCAGCAGCCCUGGGACACCUGGAGAGGGCAAGAGCAGCACCCCAGAGCCCAAAGCCUACAGCCAGGGAGUCUGCAAUGAGAACGGCCUGUCUCACUCCCUCAGCGACUCAGACACUGAUCACUUGUCUAGCUCACUGGAGGCAGAACACCGGUUACUGAAGGCCAUGGGCUGGCAGGAAUACCCAGAAAACGAUGACAGCUUCCUGCCCCUGACUCAGGAAGAGCUCAGAGAGUUCCAGACUAAAACUGAACAUCUGAAGAGGAAUGGGAUCAUCUCCCUCCACUUCACCCACUGGAGGUGUGUGGCCGAGGCCCACUUACAAAAGGACGAGGGCUCCGAGUCUGAAACCAGCAGCCAGACCUCAGAUGACGAUGAUGUCAACCUGACGAAGUGGCUUUAAAGAACAAACACACACCCCUCUCGUCUUCAGAACACCUGUUUGACUUAUUCUUGCACAAGGGGAAAUUCCAGUGGAGGGGGAAGUUCCUGCUUAGCCAUGCAGAUGUAUUUGUCCUGCGUUGCACCUCUUCCCCCUCGCUUUGUGGAACUGAGUGUUUGUCAAGGGAAGGGCAAUGCACAUCUGAUUUAAGAGACUAACAAUAUUAAAAUGGUAUCCUGACAUGUUUCAAUAGGAAUCAGGCCUUGGUGUUCUGAUUGUGUCUGAAUGAGUUGGAUUGCGUUCAUGGUUAAUCAAUGACAUCACAUGGAUUCAGUCACCAGACAACUGUCUAAUAGUGUUAACCGUGCUGGGUGGUCUAGCAGUUAGGGCUGGAUUCAAUUUUUAUCCCAGUUCUGUGUUAUAGCUCGAUUGAAAUUUAAAGGCGACGUUCACGGUGAACGCUGCAUGUCAGCUCCAUCGGAAAGAACCUUCAUUUUAACAGAUCUUCUACUAUACGGAUUGAAUCCAGCUGCUUAACAGUACACAAACAUGACAGUCAAUAAUUCCCAGUUUCACACCUCUCCCAUAAAUCAAAUGAAGAAACCAUGCAGACUUGUUACCACUAAGCCAGAGACUUAGGCCUAGAUUCAAGCAGUGCGGUUGGAAUUGCAAGGCAAUAUCCCUGCGUUCGGAGCCUGCACUCACAGUAAACCCUGCAUGUCGGCUCAACCUGAAUUUACCUUAAUUUCAAUCGCACUAUACUUCAGCAAUAGGGAUUGAAAUGAGCCGUUAGUGGUUUAGCAUUGUGCUACCGACACUAGUGUGACCUUCUGCUCCUACGCCAAAGUAUUUCACGAUUUCAGCUGGGAUGGCCACAGCCAGGAAUACCAUAAGCAUACAAAUUCAUUAUGUUUAGAGUACUCCAUUGAUCAAUGUGAGGAGGAACUGGGACAGUAGUUUGUUUUUCCAAGAGGUGGGUCUUCUUUUUGAAGUCUACACAAAUCAAAGUUGACAAAUUGAUCAAGUAGGUAGUCUUUAAUGAUCUGGUACAAAACCUUACAAAUAUGAAAAAGAGGUACACAAUAGGAACAUGACACAAUUACAACUUGAUCUGCAGUAGGACGAUGUGAUGACAAUCAGGAAUUGGCAUCAAAGUCACCAGGGCUUCACUGGCUGCAGGGGGAAACAUGAGAAUAAUCACAAUGAAUGCAUCACUGAAGUCACAAAAAGCCACACAUGCUAUUGAAUGUGAAAAGAGCAUAGGGUGAUUUACUUUAUACAUUUAAAAAAACAAGUUGAGUAGUACAUGUAGGUAUUCCAUAACAACCUUACAGGUUGUCUUGGGCUCCCGAGUGGCGCAGCGGUCUCAGUGCUAGAGGCAUCACUACAGACCCUGGUUCGCUUCCAGGCUGUAUCACAACUGGCUGUGAUUGGGAGUCCCAUAGGGCAGUGCACAAUUGGCCCAGCAUGGCCAGGGUAGGCUGUCAUUGUAAAUAAGACUGUUCUAAACUGACUUGCCUAUUUAAAGGAUAAAUAAAGUCACUACUUGCAGUGGAAAAUGUCAUUGUAAAUAAGACUGUUCUAACCUGACUUGCCUAUUUAAAGGAUAAAUAAAGUCACUACUUGCAGUGGAAAAUACAUACUCCAUA